GGCGUGCUGGGCCCAGGCGGCCGUAGAGGCGGCGGCGGCUGCGGGUGGUGGGAGGAGUCGUGCAGUUCCGGCUGCCGGGGCGAGGCGACCCUUAGGUCCGCGCUGCGAGCGGGGAGAACAGGUAGGGGAGCGGACAUCCGCGGCUCCGGGAGAGGCUCGGGCAGCCGAGUCCCGCACCGCGCCCGGCGCGUCCCCGGCACCCGCGGCCUCUGGCGUUGAGGCGGGGGAGUAAGGAGAUGCCGACCCAGAGGGACAGCACUACCAUGUCUCACCCGAUCGCAGGCGGCGGCAGCGGGGACCAUUCGCACCAGGUCCGGGUGAAAGCUUACUACCGCGGGGAUAUCAUGAUAACACAUUUUGAACCUUCAAUCUCCUUUGAGGGCCUUUGCGGUGAGGUUCGAGACAUGUGUUCUUUUGACAAUGAACAGCUUUUCACUAUGAAAUGGAUAGAUGAGGAAGGAGACCCAUGUACAGUAUCAUCUCAGCUGGAGUUAGAAGAAGCCUUUAGACUUUAUGAGCUAAACAAGGACUCUGAACUCUUGAUUCAUGUCUUUCCUUGCGUACCAGAACGUCCUGGAAUGCCCUGUCCAGGAGAAGAUAAAUCCAUCUACCGCAGAGGUGCACGCCGAUGGAGAAAGCUUUAUUGUGCAAAUGGCCACACUUUUCAAGCCAAGCGUUUCAACAGGCGUGCCCACUGUGCCAUCUGUACUGAUCGAAUAUGGGGACUAGGACGCCAGGGAUAUAAGUGCAUCAAUUGCAAACUCCUGGUUCAUAAGAAGUGCCACAAACUUGUCACAAUUGAAUGUGGGCGGCAUUCUUUGCCACCGGAGCCAAUGAUGCCCAUGGAUCCGUCAUCCAUGCACUCAGACCACGCACAGACAGUAAUUCCAUAUAAUCCUUCAAGUCAUGAGAGUUUGGACCAAGUUGGUGAAGAAAAGGAGGCAAUGAACACCAGGGAAAGUGGCAAAGCUUCAUCCAGUCUAGGUCUUCAGGAUUUUGAUUUGCUCCGGGUAAUAGGAAGAGGAAGUUAUGCCAAAGUACUAUUGGUGCGAUUAAAAAAAACAGAUCGUAUUUAUGCAAUGAAGGUUGUGAAAAAAGAGCUUGUCAAUGAUGAUGAGGAUAUUGAUUGGGUACAGACAGAGAAGCAUGUUUUUGAGCAAGCAUCCAAUCAUCCCUUUCUUGUUGGGCUGCAUUCUUGCUUUCAGACAGAAAGCAGAUUGUUCUUUGUCAUAGAGUAUGUAAAUGGAGGAGAUCUAAUGUUUCAUAUGCAGCGACAAAGAAAACUUCCUGAAGAACAUGCCAGAUUUUACUCUGCAGAAAUCAGUCUAGCAUUAAAUUAUCUUCAUGAACGAGGGAUAAUUUAUAGAGAUUUGAAAUUGGACAAUGUAUUGCUGGACUCAGAAGGACACAUUAAACUCACUGACUACGGCAUGUGUAAGGAAGGAUUACGGCCAGGAGAUACAACCAGCACUUUCUGUGGUACUCCCAAUUACAUCGCUCCUGAAAUUUUAAGAGGAGAAGAUUAUGGAUUCAGUGUUGACUGGUGGGCUCUCGGAGUACUAAUGUUUGAGAUGAUGGCAGGAAGGUCUCCAUUUGAUAUUGUUGGGAGCUCUGAUAACCCUGAUCAAAACACAGAAGAUUAUCUCUUCCAAGUUAUUUUGGAAAAACAAAUUCGCAUACCACGUUCUCUGUCUGUAAAAGCUGCGAGUGUCCUGAAGAGUUUUCUCAACAAGGACCCAAAGGAACGAUUAGGUUGUCAUCCUCAAACAGGAUUUGCUGAUAUUCAAGGACACCCAUUUUUCCGAAAUGUUGAUUGGGAUAUGAUGGAGCAAAAGCAGGUGGUACCUCCCUUUAAACCAAAUAUUUCUGGGGAAUUUGGUUUGGACAACUUUGAUUCUCAGUUUACUAAUGAACCUGUCCAGCUCACUCCAGAUGAUGAUGAUAUUGUAAAGAAGAUUGAUCAGUCUGAAUUUGAAGGUUUUGAAUAUAUCAAUCCCCUUUUGAUGUCUGCAGAAGAAUGCGUCUGAUCCUCAUUUCUCAACUGUGCAUUUUGUUUUUGUUGCCAUUUAAUGCAUGGAAAAGUCAUUACCAGCCUGGAGUCAAUGAACUGUAUUAUAUUUGCCACCUACAGAAAAGCACUUCAGUAUCUUCUGUUGUUGACUGUAAGAGUCAAUUAUUACAUCUAAGUUUAACUAUGAAAAAAAAUUGAGACUAUUUCCAGGUAAUCAUGUUAAAAUUUAGUUAUACUGAUAAUCUAGCAGGCUACUGAUAAGUAACGAAGUUGUCCUUUUUUUCUGAAGGAAAUACCACUCCUUUUAAAAAGAGUAUCUGUUACAUUAAGGCAUAUGGUGGGAUUAUAUCAUAAGCCUCCCAUGAUUUUUGUCAUUCUUCCAUAAGUCAUUUAAGUGGUUAAUUUUGGAAAAAAGAUUAAUUCAAAGUACAGCAACCUGUUAUAUUACCUGUUAGUUUCUGAAUUCUUUGUGUUUAAAAAUUCAGCUGUAAAUUUUAUCAUUGCUUUGGAUAAUUAAAUUAUUGAGUUUUAAGGCAACAGUUAUUAAAUUGAAUGAUAAUAAAAGAUAUUGCUUGCUUAGAAUUGGGGAAUACAGAUCUUUCUUGAGAAAAAUAAUAGACAUUUUCUUAAGAUUCCAAAUCAUUAGCUAUUUUUAAAAAACUAAUACAAGUGAUUUCUUUAAUAUAUGAAGGGGUUAGCUUCUGAGCUUGUCCCUUUAGCCAGAACUUUAACUGGAAUGUUAGUUAAUACAUGUAGUUCAGAGGAUCCAGGAUGCAGUUGAAUGGAAAAUUACUGAGUAUAUAGAAAGGAAAAAAUAGAAAUUUAAAAUAGAUACAAAAAAUUUCAAUGGUCAUAUUUAUUUCUUAUUGGAGAAUAAAUCUCACAGUUGCUUUCUGUGAUUUGAUUUAAAUAAAAGAUUGAUACCAAACUUUUAAAUGCAUUCCACCUAUCAGGCGGAGGCAGAAUGUAUACUAUUUUUACCUUAUAAUUUAGUAUAAGAAAAAAACUUAUCUUCUAAUCAAUGUGUUAACCAUGAUUAUUCUUCCCUCAGACCACACUAUCCAUAUUUUUGGACAGUUUAUGGCAUCAUCAGUGAAAUCCAAGAAAAAUAAUAAACAUGAAUAAACAUUCAGGACACAGCCAUACACACAUACAUACAUACUCACACACAUCACAAUUCUAACUCCUUAAGUGAGUUUUUGUUAAGUAGGUAAUACAUGUAAUACAGAGUAGAAUACAUUUCAGGGGCAAAGUUUUUCAAAUUAUUUUUAUUCAUGUUAGUGUUUUAGCAAUGUAGUAUUUAAAGCAGCAGUCCUAGACCUUUUUGGCACCAGGGACCUGUGCUCCUAUGAGAAUCUAAUGCCUGACCUCUGAGGUGGAGCUGAGGCGGUGAUGCUAGGGCUGGAGAGCUGCUGCAAGUACAGAUGAAGCUUCGCUCGCCUGCCGCUCACUUCAUGCUGAGGGGGCAGAGGUUCCUUAUAGGCCACGGACUGGGGGUUGGAGACCCCUGAAUAGGGAUGCCAGUGAUAGCAUCCUUCUGUUGUUUAAGUAUUCUUUUUAUGAAAAGGGAUUUAAAAAGUAACUAUAAUCAUCUAAAUUACUUAUAAUUGCUUAAUCUUAGUACAAUUUAAUUUUUGGGAAAGCUAUCUAGUCUUAAACUUAGAAUGAUUUAAAAUUUGUAGGCAUUUAAUUAACUUUUUUGAGGGGGAGGGGGAUGCUACAUUUCAUUAGAAAUGUAAUUUUCCCCAAAGUUUCUGACCAUGUAUACUCUCUUUUCAUUAAUAACUAAGUCUAAAAGCAAUGAAAACCUCAAAGGAAAAAUGUUGACAUACAUUCACAUAUUUAUUUUAGAGAUAUGUGUUUCUUUUAAUACCAGAAACUUGUUUUAAAACAAAAAGCAGUAUUCACUUCAAACCAUAAACUUAGAGAAAAUUCUGAUAUCUUAUGUAAGAAAUAUGUUUAUGAUCUUGCUUUUAAGUGGUGCUGUUUCCUCUAUGGCAUUAGUUCUAAAAUUUUAGGAUGUGGAAUAAUCACCAAGGAAGUUUAAAAUGCACAUUACUGUUCCUACCUUAGAAUUCUGUUAGGUCUUUGAAUGAACUACAUUCUGAGAAACAUUUUCUAUGAGUUAUUCUUUUAUUUUGUCCUGUAGUUAAAUAUUAGAAAAGAUUAUUCAAUGCUAAAACAUUUUGAGAAGGGGUAGGCAAUGAAUUACAUAUCGAUAAUUUUAAAUAAAUGUUGAACAAAUAACUUCUUCAAAUUAGAUAUCUUCUCAAAAAAAAUCCAUCAGUGUUCUAUCAAUAAUGUUACAAAUGGUGAGCAUUUUUCUAUGGUUAAGUUUUAAACACUAUUCAUGGUAGUCUUUUGUUUUUAAAUCUUUUUUUUUUUUAACUAGUAAGAUUCAUUGUGUAUAUUUUAUGUAAUUGCAUUACAAAUAUGUUUUUAAUCAUGUUCUGUUUUUUGUAGUCUUCAAGUGCCAUGACAAUUGUUUUUAUAUUAUACAGAAGUUCUCUCAAAAUACUCAUCAGAAGAAUAAGGCAGUUGACAGUCAGAAUGGUUGGAAUUGUGAUGUUCUAAGAAAAAAAUUUAUUUUGUAUAAGCAUGUGGUCAGAUCAUUUUCUGUAUAUGCAGCCUUAAUUGGAUAGCAGGUAUUUUACUUUGUACAUUUACUUUUUAAAUUUUGUUUUGACUCUUGUCAUGUAGAGUAUUGCCUUGGUCAUCAUAAUGUAAUCUGUAUUGGUGUGUUUUGUUUUGUUUUUUAUUUUAAAAUCUUUAAAUAAAAUGUUUAAUACCCAUUAA